UUAGAAUAUAAAAGCUGAGACAAUCUCACUGCUGAGACAGAAAGCAACACAACCAACACAGAAUACAACAGACACUUUAACAGUGUUCGAUCUCACAACAAGAGGACUCACCACUAAACACACACUGAAGAUGCUGUGCUCUCAUGGAUUCCAGUCUGCCCUCAGUCCAUUCAUGCUGCUCCACCAGCGGGAUGUACUGCAGAGAAACCUCCAGGAGCUGCGCAGCAGUCUGGAGCUGAUGGACAAACUUCAACACAAGAUCCUGGAGGAGACGGAACCUUUCCAAACCAGUGUGGCCACGCAACCGGUCUCCUGCCAGCUGGAGAAAGAGGGAGAGCACUUUGGCCUGACCCUGGACACUCAAGGCUUUUCCCCAGAGGAGCUGUCUGUCAGGCAGGUGGGCAGCAAGCUGAGAGUCAGCGGGAAGACAGAGAAGAAGCAGGAGGAUGGGAAAGGCUCGUACUCUUACAUAUGCCAGGAGUUCAGACAGGAGUUUGAUCUGCCUGAAGGACUGAACCCAGAAGCCGUCACCUGCUACCUGGCUCCAGACGGGAAGCUCCACAUCCAGGCAGCCAAAGCUCCAUGUGUUGAGGAGGCUGAGAGAGAGCUGACUAUCAAGAGGAGCUUGGAGGAGAAAACACAGCAGAGUCUGAGUUCACAGAAAGAAGACAGCAGCACAGAGACAGACAACAGCACACAGGACAAACCUGAAAACAUGGACUGAUUUAUCUAUAUGAUCUUGUGUCAAUGUAUAAGAAAUGU